AUGUUCCACGCCCUGUUAGUGUUCAGCGAGGACACUGGCAAGUGGUGCAUCGGAGGCGACUGCUCCGAGGAGGGGGACGAUGUGGAACCCAUGGGCCUUCAUCUUGGGGCGCUGGAUGCCACCCCUGUGAGCGAUUUCGACGGCAAGUUUGAGGCGAAGGGUGUUGGGCCACCUGGUGGUUUGCUGGGCAGCGCCGCUGUGCCUCAGGUGAAGCCGCCGCCACCACCGCGACGCCCUAAGGCACCCAAGAAGCCCGCCCUGGAGACUUUUGAGCCAGAGAUGCCCAAGUACUCCGACAAAUGCGUAGGCUAUGGCGACUUAUGGAAGAAGGUCCAGGAGACCGUAUUCAACGAUGCUGGCGAGGAGGAAGCCACUGCAAAUGAGCUCGAUACGGAAGAGGAGUCUGCGGCGGGGUACAAGAACGUGCAUCCUUGCGAUCUGGCUGGUCAGUUUGGAGGCAUUCGCAGUAAAUAUGCUGGCGGCGAUGGCAAGCCCACUGGGAAAGCGAUGCCGUACGACGAGCUGACAGGCUGUUUCGAUCGAUUUGGCAAAGGCAGCUACCAGGCGGCGAAGGCCAUGAAAUAUGUCGACUUGAUCAUGAACAGAAUGGGCCUUUCCCACUCGAUACAAGCUACGGUCUGUGCUUUCGCUCCAGAGAUCAUCACGUCCCCGAUGGGAUUUGGUGCAAGUGCUGACUUGGGCGACACAUGCAAGGCUAUUGUGACGGUUGGCUUCACAGCCUUCACGUUUGUAAAGGAAGUCGCUCUGUACGACCAGCUGGAUGCCAUCAGUGAGGCCCAGGCAAGUGACUGCCAACCGAACCAGGCCAACUUUGCACGCGUGUUUUGUGACAUGCACUGCAUUCGGGAUGCUGUCAUUCGAGGAGAUCGGACCAUCCUUCGCAACUUGAAGAAAGCCACAGACAUCACCAAUAGCAACACAGAGAAGCUUGCAGAGUGGAUCGUAAAGACCCAACAGCUGGAUGCUGGCUGGCUGGCGGAGAAGAUUGACCACCAAAGCUUGGUGCAGAGCAUGGAAAACAACAAAGAGUUCACGGCCAUCAAGGAGCUACUCGAAGGUGGCGACAGGCAACAGAUGCUCUUGGCCAUCAAGCAGCAGACGCAAAAAAUCCAAGCAGAGCUUCGAGGUUAUGUGGAUGGGUCCUCGUUCGGCCGCGCCUCUGCCCUGGCAGCCAGCGAUGCCCUCGAAAAGUUUUCUACUGAUGGAAAGUCCAGCCUGAAAGAUGGCUUCAACAGCAGCCAACACGUCUUCGCAGCGUUUGACAACUUGAUCUCCCUCCGAGCCAAGCUGAGGACUGCGUCUGAUCAGCGCAGCAAGGCCGAGCACGUCGGCAUGUCCGUGGUGCAGAUGGCUCGUCAAAU